CUUGUUUACGCUGGUGGUAUCAUAAUCUACUCGGCCAGGAGCACUGCGAGUGCUCGCAGUUCUCGCGUAAAGGUCUACUCGGCAAGAUGGUGAUUCGUAAGCUGUAUACUCCGCCAGCUGUCCCGAAGAACGGGAAUGGAGCUUCAGAGACUACGCAGUCAAAAGCCGAUGAUGGUGCCCCUGAAGAUGUGGUUUUACCAUCGGUCAAUGUGGCAGUGGCUGCAGUCCCACCACCGGCUUCCGAGAUUACCGGUGAAGAUGACAUAAUAGUGAAAAUCAAACCCGGUAAAAUAGUGGGCGUGAAAGAAGAGUCCCCUAAUGGCGAGCGCUAUUAUCGAUUCAGCGGCAUUCCCUAUGCGAAAACUCCGGUAGGCGAGUUAAGGUUCAAACCGCCGGUUCCCCUGAAGUUGUUUGAGGUUGAUCUGUUGGAUUGUAAAAGCGAGCGUGAUUGCUGUGUCAGUUUGGAACCGAUGGUAGCCGAGGCCGCAUCCGAGGAUUGCUUGUUUUUGAAUGUGUGUACUCCUAAAUUACCAGCGGAGGAACGUGAGGAUGGUUUACCCGUGAUGGUUUGGAUUCACGGUGGAGGGUUUUGUAUGGGCAAUGGGAACGCCUCUACAAGCUGUCCAAAUUAUUUGGUGCAAGAAGGCGUUAUUGUUGUUACCUUCAACUAUAGAUUGGGUCCCUUAGGGUUUUUGUGCUUACCUUCUGUAGGAAUUCAGGGAAAUAUGGGUCUUAAAGAUCAACGGUUAGCGCUGAAAUGGGUGAAAGACAAUAUCACUAGCUUCGGAGGUGAUCCUCACAAUGUGACAUUGUUUGGAGAAAGUGCCGGAGGCGCAUCAGUACAUUUGAACUAUAUUUCCGAGGAGUCUAGGCAGUAUUUCCACAAGGCAAUAUGCAUGUCUGGCGUUUCUUACAAUCCCUGGGUGCUACAGAGUGACCCUGAAAUCAAAGCUCGUCAACUGGCCGUGAUUCUUGGGGCAGAGUCUACUAAUGAUGGUGAUAUCUACGAUACGCUCAUGAGAGCAUCUGCUGCGGAUCUUGUUGCAAAUUCUCCAUUGGUUAUGACCGAUGAUGAGAAACGAACCGAUAUGUUCUUCGCCUUUACUCCAGUGGUCGAGUCGCCCAACUCCGAGGAACCCUUUAUAACUGAUAAUUUCAUAAGUUCAAUGAUGAAUCCAAAUAUGACCCGCAUCCCAUUCAUGAAUGGUGUCAACAGCAAUGAAGCGCGAUUAAUUGCACUCCAAAUGUUAGAGAGAAUCGAUGAGUAUGUUGCUGACCCAACCAAAUUGGUUCCUCUCGGGCUAUCACUUCCCAAGGAAAAGCUAGAUGAAGCUGCUAACGAAAUCAAAAAGUUCUUUUUCGGAGAUGAUGACAUAACAGCGGAUCGUUUGCAGUCUCUGGUGGAUGUCGCCUCGGACAAUAUGUUUGUCAUGCCGGCUUACGUAGCGAGCGAAUUACAUGCGCGUUAUCAGCAUGGAGCACCGCAUUACUUCUAUGUGUUCUGUUUUGAGGGUGAAUUGAACAAAUUUAGAGCAAUUUUUCGAGAAACUGAUAAUCUGCCGGGUGUGUGUCAUGCGGAUGAAUUGCUCUAUUUGUUCAGCUCAUCGCUGGUGGAUGUGAACGUAGAACCGGACUCCCGUGCGGCCAAAUUCCGCUCUACUAUGUGCAAAUUGUGGACCAAUUUUGCAAAGUGCGGGAAUCCGACCCCGGACAAUGGUGGGGUGGACUUUGUGUGGGAGCCGGUUGCGCCUUGUACUGACUCCGGGUUCACAAUGACUGCAGCAGAGUUGAAUGAAGAAAUGAAAAUGGUGGAAAAUCCGUUCCUAGAGCGUGUUCAAUUUUGGCGUGAGCUGUAUGCAAACUAUUAUGGAGGACACCUGAAACGUGAGGACUGAAAGGAAUGAAAAUUUUGUUUGUCCAAUGAGGUAUUUGGGGCUCGAAAUAUAUGCAUACCUAUCGA